GCUCCACACCAACACAUGGUUUUUGUUUGGCAGAUCACAGCAGAAAGCGUUUAUAGAGAAGAACUAGUGUUCUGUUAUUCAGGGUUUUCUUUACAUGACGUGGCUAACAUGAGCAGCAGCAGCAGUUACCCCACGCCGGUUUACUCCCACGCCGGACGCGGAAGCUUCCAGGACGUGUACGAGCCCGCGGAGGACUCGUUCCUGCUGAUGGACGCGCUGGAGAAAGAUGCAGAGACGCUGCAGCAGAUGAGCCCCUGCGUGUGCGUGGAGGUGGGCAGCGGCUCCGGAGCGGUUUCUGCUUUUCUGGCGUCGGUGGUCGGACCUUCGGCUCUCUACCUCUGCACCGACGUGAAUCCAGCUGCAGCUCAGUGCACAGCCAGAACCGCCUGCUGUAACCGGGUCGCCCUGCAGCCCGUCAUCACAGACCUGGUGCAGAGUCUUUUGCCAAGGCUUAGUGGGAAGGUGGACGUCGUCCUGUUCAAUCCUCCAUAUGUGGUCACUCCAUCAGAAGAGGUGGGCAGCAGAGGUGUAGAGGCGGCCUGGGCCGGAGGAGAGCGAGGCAGACGGGUCACCGACAGGUUCCUCCCUCUGGUUCCUCAGCUGCUCUCCAGUAAAGGCCUGUUUUACCUCGUCACCAUCGCCGAGAACAAGCCAGAGGAGAUUAUCGGGUUAAUGAGCCAGUUUGGGCUGGAAGGAGAGACCCGCCUGUCAACCAGAGCUGGGAAUGAGAGGUUGUCGGUCCUGCGUUUCCAUAGAAACCAGCAGAGGUGACGGGAACAAGAGAGCCCACCACCCAGGCUUCAUCAUGGACCUGCAGCUGAGACAGAACCUUCUGAGCAUCAGCCGGACCGACCACCAGAACCGCACCGAGCCCACAGUUGAAGGUUCUGCUCAUCUCCUCCUCACUCAGAGAUCCUUCUUCAUAGAGCCAAGAGAAAACAGCUGGAAUCCUCCACUGGGACGCAUCUGAAAGAAACCACAAUAAGACUUUCUUCCUUCCAUUAAACUCAUUACAAUGA